AAUAAAAACAAUGAGGUAUGCAGUGUAGAAUCGCCAGACGGACGAUAUCUCAGAGUAUCCAGCGUAUCAAAGUCGAAGUUUGUCUACCGUGCCCAACCAGGUGGUGCUGAGCAGAGGCAUGUUCGAGCUGCAGAAGAAAUGGAUGCUACCAGACGACAACGGGUGGAAGGUCGACCUAAAGGAUUUUUUACGCCCGAGAUGUGUAAAGCUGAGUUUGAACGCAUAAUGUCUGAACCUUGCCCGUCUGAUGUACCGACAGGGGCAGAAUACAGCCGGAUGGCAGUGGUAGAGGCGUGGCUAGCGCAUUUUUGGGAAGAGGACAAGAAAGAUGCCGAACAAUACGAAGAACUGCAAAAUGUCAAAAUACGCUACUGGAUGUGUAAAGCUGAGUUCGAACGCAUAAUGUCUGAACCUUGCCCAUCGGAUGUACCUACCGGAGCGGAGUACAGCCGAAUGGCUGUGGUAGAGGCGUGGCUAGCGCAUUUUUGGGAAGAGGACAAGAAGGAUGCCGAACAAUACGAGGAGUUGCAAAAUGUCAAAAUUCGGUAUUGGAUGGAACGUAUAGCUAAUCUACAAGCGAUGCGCGACACCCUUACUGAUGAGCAAUAUGAGAAAAUGCACGAUGAUGUUGUCAGAGAGGACGAAGCCGUCGGUUUUAUUACUUUGAACAUUUUAUCUAACCACACAUUGAUUUUGACAAAAUCAUCCUACAGAUCGAAUAUGACGAAGAUGAAAAAGAAUUCCGCGAACUGUAUGCAACCAUAUGUAUAG